GUCCUCACUGCCCCGGUCUCCCCUACCUGUAAACAGAGUUAAUCACUUUAUCAGUGUCAUUAGUCCCUGGUCAACCUUCAACUACUUGCCAUUGAGCUUAAUCCCUAUAAAAGUACCCGAGGUGAAUUAUUAUUACAUCACAAACUAGUAACCAAUUCUACCUCCACAACCCCCACGCUCCCUCUAAAACCCCUAUAAAUUUGAAAAAAAUUGCACAUCGUAUUCAUAGUUUCAUUCGUCGUCGAAAACACAUCUUCGACUACCUCAAAAAUGGAAAAUUCCCUGAAAUUGUAUACUCCCACAAAACUCACCGACUCGUGGUGUUCAGUUUGCCACGACGCCGAGGUACCUCGUCGGGUAACUUUGUAUUGUGCAAAUCAGGGACCCAUUUGCCACGACUGUUACGAAAAAAUAUGGAGACAACGUCCUCAAGCACCAGCCACAGAGACACUCAAAUCCCAGUCACAUCAUCGUUUUGCCAUGGAAAAUUGCCUGGAAUUACCUCCUCCCAGACAAAUCAUCGACGGCGACACGUGGUGCUCACUUUGCUGCGAAGCCGAGGUCCCUCAUCGAGCAACCCUGGAUUGUCCAAAAUACGGACCCCUUUGCAGCCGCUGCUACCAAAAUAUCCUGGAGUUGUCUGAAGAAUGCAACUAGAUUGGAAUUCAGUAACUGUUGCCGACUAUUCGAAAUGUCCCAUAGUCUAUUGUGUUUUCUUUGUCACAAAAUUGUGUUUACUUAGUUCUAUACUUACAUAUACGUAGUUUUUUUGUAAAAAAAUGGGCAAAAACUAAAAAAAGGU